AGAGAAGCGCAGUCAGCGGCAUUUAAAGGAACCAGCGCGUUUACUUCAGCUGAACACACCGGCGAACCUGUGACAGAAACUUGCUGAAAUGGCGAAGAAAGAGCAAACCGCUGUAGUAGAGUGCGCGCAGCAGUUGCGAAACAUUGGAGAUCUGUUGAACUGGAAAUAUAAGUUACUGGAGCUCAUAGUAACACUCCAGAAAAUACAAAUGGAGGGGAAGCGAUGAGAAAAGACGUCUUUGAGAAGGGAUCUGUACCUGCUAUGUUACACUGAUCCAAUACGCAUCCAACAACUGAAGAGGAUCUGUUUCUGAAGGCGCGCGGCGAGUAGUGGCCGCCGCCAGCAACAACAACAACAACAACAACAAAAAGUCGAACUAGGAGUUUCUCCCAAGGUGAAAUACUCGGAUAGGAUGGCUGCUGUGGACAUAAAAACACCUAGGCCCAUCUCUAGGCUGUUUUGAGCCGUGUUUAUCUGCUUCUUUGAGGGAUUGUGAACUUUGUCAACAGGAAGAAGCGAGUGCUUACAACCCACUGCACUUCCCAAUUACUCAGGAUCUCAAUGAACUUUAAAUGGGGAUGGUGUGAAAUAAAUGCCCUGGUUUAUGCUCCUAAUAUAAUAAGGGAAUAUCUCUGAUAUCCAAGGACUGGAAACCGACAUCAUUCGAUCAGUUGGAAAACUAAUAGUCACAAAACAGGAGCUUAAAUGAAAGUGAAAGUCCUUAAGGAAAUUCAGCCAUCUUAAAGCAUGAAGUGGCCAGAUACAUUUUGGGUCCAGUUUUUUUUUUUUUGUGUGUGUGUGUGUGGUCUGAGAACCUAUUUUCAUUUUUGAUAGGCCUAAUUUUCAGUUAUAUCACAUGAAUAUAGAUUUUUUAAACGCAUUUAUGAAUGUUUAUUGAAGUCGCUUAAUGUAGCUAAAUGUAUUGGGGUUCGUCUGGUUUUAAAAUAUAAAACGUAUAUGCUUCGCUUAUUUAGUUUUUAUUAUAAUAUAUGCUGUUUGUGACAUGUAAAUGGUUAAUUGGUUGACCACCUGUAAUGGUAUCAUGUGACCACAAUGAAAAUCUUUAUGGUGUGGUUAAUUUAUGCUACCUUAUGGUUUACUUUGGCUACUUUGAAACUUUCUGAUGUAUUUUAUGAUGUUUUCUGAAUGUAAUAAAAGAAUUAGACAAAACAA